UCUGCUGAGGACGCUCUCGUGCACGCCGCGGACAGAAGGACUGGGAUUCGGGGGUGCAGAGCGCUCUGUUGAAACCAUCGUAGAGGGGCUGUUUUAGUGAGGAAAGCACGCUUUGUUUUACCCCAGAGGAAGCUAGGUCUCGUGGACGUUUUUUUCCCCCCUCACAUCCUCCUUUACCGCCACACUCGGAUGCGGAGGGCAGUCUCGCUCUCUCGCCUGCAUUGCUGACUGGGAAGCAUCUGCAGCCUGGACCUGUAUCUCUGCAUCCAUCGCGCGGACCUCGAUAAAGUGUGAUUUAUUAGGAGAAACACGGGCGCACGCUCGUCUGGGGAAAUGGAUGCGUUCUUUGCAGAGGGGGCACGUGUGUGGGUGAAGGACAAAGACCAGCUGCUUCCCUCUACAGUGAACUCCUGUGGGGACGGUACACUCGUGCUCACUACUGACUAUGGAAAGGUGUUGUACCUGCAGCAGGCGACGGUGAACAGGGAGAAGGUGUACCCCAUGCACCCGAGCAGCAUCGAUGGGGUGGAGGACAUGUCAACGCUGGCUGAGCUCCACGAGGCCGCCAUCAUGCACAACCUCCACCAGCGCUACCAGAAGGACAACAUCUACACCAACAUCGGCUCCAUCCUGGCAGCCGUGAACCCCUACAAACAGAUUACAGGCUUGUACGACCUGUCUGCUGUUGAGCUGUAUAGUCGACAUCACCUGGGUGAGCUCCCGCCCCACAUUUUCGCCGUGGCCAAUGAGAGCUACCGCUGCCUGUGGAAGAGACAUGACAGCCAAUGCGUGCUCAUCAGUGGUGAGAGCGGAGCUGGCAAAACAGAGAGCACUAAGCUACUGCUGCAGUUCCUCUCCGUCAUGAGCCAAAAUUCCGCUGGGACUCCACCCACCGAGAAGACCACGCGCGUAGAGCAAGCCAUCGUACAGAGCAGUCCCAUCAUGGAGGCGUUUGGAAAUGCCAAAACUGUUUACAACAACAACUCCAGCCGCUUUGGAAAGUUCAUCCAGCUUCACUUCUCUCAGAGCGGCAACAUCCAGGGUGGCUGCAUCAUCGACUAUUUGCUGGAAAAGAACCGCGUGGUGAGACAGAACCCAGGAGAAAGGAACUACCACAUCUUCUACGCGCUCCUGGCUGGGGCAGACAAAGCACAGAAAGAAACGUAUUACCUGGAAGACCCGCCGGAGUCAUUCCAUUACCUGAUCCAGACCGGCUGCGUGAAGGACCGUAGCCUCGGCGACAGGAAGCUCUAUGACAGCGUCAUGGAGGCGCUGAAGGUGUUGGAGUUCACGGAGGAGGAGAUCAGGGACAUGUUCAAACUGUUGUCCGGGGUUCUGCAGCUUGGCAACAUUGAGUUCAUGACAGCAGGGGGCGCUCAGAUCACCACCAAGCAAGUGGUCACCAAUGUCAGUGAAUUACUGGGUUUGGACUCCUUCCAGCUAUCUGAAGUUCUAACUCAACGCUCUAUGAUCCUUAGAGGAGAGGAAAUCUGCUCCCCUCUUACUGUGGAACAGGCGAUAGACUCUCGGGAUUCGGUUGCCAUGGCGCUAUACUCUCAGUGCUUCUCCUGGAUCAUCGCGCAGAUCAAUCAGAAGAUCAAAGGCAAGGACAACUUUAAAUCCAUCGGCAUCCUCGACAUCUUCGGUUUUGAGAAUUUUGAGGUGAACCGUUUCGAACAGUUCAACAUCAACUAUGCCAACGAGAAGUUGCAGGAGUACUUUAACAAGCACAUCUUCUCUCUGGAGCAGCUGGAGUACAACAGGGAGGGCAUUCGAUGGGAAGCCAUAGACUGGAUGGACAAUGCAGAAUGCCUGGACCUAAUCGAAAAAAAACUGGGCCUGCUCGCGCUGGUUAACGAGGAGAGUCGCUUCCCGAAAGGCACAGACUUCACUCUGCUGGAGAAACUGCACAGCCGCCACUCUACAAACCCCUACUAUGUGAAGCCCAGACUGGCAGACCAUCAGUUUGGCAUCAAGCACUAUGCUGGAGAGGUCUUGUAUGAUGUGAGAGGGAUCUUGGAGAAGAACAGAGACACAUUUAGAGAUGAUAUACUGAACAUGCUGAAGGACAGCAGGCUGGACUUCAUCUAUGACUUGUUUGAGCAAGUGGGCAGCAGGAACAAUGAGGAGACGCUAAAGAUGGGCACGGCCAGGAGAAAACCCACCGUCAGCUCCCAGUUCAGAGACUCCCUCCACUCCCUAAUGGCCACUUUGAGCGUGUCCAACCCCUUCUUCGUGCGCUGUAUCAAACCCAACAUGGACAAGACGCCGGACAGGUUUGACCCAGAUGUGGUUCUGAAUCAGCUGUGCUACUCCGGAAUGUUGGAGACUGUGAAGAUCCGAAGGGCAGGCUUCCCUGUCCGGCGCACUUUCAAAGACUUCUUCAGCAGGUACAAGGUCAUUGUAAAGUCGGCGGUGGCGUCGGCGGCCGAGGGAGACGAGAAGAAGAAGAGCACGGACCUCCUCGCCACGUACGACCACGCCAAGAAGGAGUGGCAGCUCGGCAAGACCAAGAUGUUCAUGAAGGAGUCUUUGGAGCACCGGCUGGAGAAGGAGAGGGACGUGGUUCGAAGCAAAGCUGGCCUCGUCAUACGAGCGCACCUGCUCGGCUACAUAGCCAGGAAGCAGCUAUGGAAAGCACUAGCAGCCGUGGCAACCAUCCAGAAGAACUACCGGGCCCACCUCUAUCACCGGCGGUUUCUACGGAAACGCUCGGCGGCACUGGUCCUGCAGAAGCACCGGCGUGGGCAGGUGGCACGGAGCGCCUGCCGCAGGAUGAGAGAGGAGAAGAGGAAGAUGGAGGAAGAGGAGGAGAGGCAGAAGAGAGAGGUAGAGGAGAGGAAGAGAGACAGAGAGAGUGGAGCAGGAGCAGGCACACAGGCGGAGCGCUCCACGGAGGAGGAGAGCCGUCAGAUGGAGGAGAUCCUCCGUCUGGAGCGGGAGAUUGAGCGUCUGCAGAAGCAGAGGGAGGACGGCGUGUCCAUGCUGUGCGAGAGCUCCCGGCAGGAGCUGCGUCUACGUCGCCACGCUGAGACGCUGCGGCUAAAGAAGCAGGCGUCACGCGUCGCCACCGAGUCUCUCGACCUGAGCAGCUUCGCCGGCAUCGACCCCGGACAGGCUGUUGUUGCUGUGCUGACCGCGGCCACGACGACAGCUGCCACGACGACCGAGGCGGCGGCCGAAGGACGCAUCCCUCUGUCGGAAUUCCCUCCUCCGGCCGGAGGGACUCCGGACCAGGAGAUCCUGUCCACGCUGCCCCCUCCUCCUCCCGGCUUUGCCGAGGGCACGGUGGUGUCGGACGCCCCGCCACCUCCUCCCCCUCCCCCACCUCCUCCGCUGCCCGGAGACUCCACGGCGAUGAAAGAGCAGGCGGGGGCAGAGGAGGGAGAGAAAGAGGGAGAGAGCGGGGAGGCGGACCGCGGCAGCAGGCUGACUGCGUCCGAGUCGCUGGCUGACCAGGAGGAGCCGAUCUACAGCCUUCCGCUGGACACGGAGUCUGACUACGACCAGGACGAGCUGGAGGACGGGCGGAGCAACACGGCCACCGCUGACCCUGGCCACGCCCGCAAGUCCACCUGCACCAACGCCAGCCAGGAGUCCUGCAACCGCAGCUCCGACUCCUAUGUGGAGAGUGAUGAGGACCAUGAUGGCUAUGCCGACACAGAUGAAGAAGUGUGUAAUGGGAAGGGGGACGUUCUUAAUGGGAACGGCCCUCCCUACUUCCACAGCUACCUCUACAUGAAGGCCGGCCUGAUGAUCCCAUGGCGAAAGCGCUGGUGCGUCCUGAAGGACGAGACCUUCAUGUGGUUCCGCUCCAAGCAGGAGUCCCUGAAGUCAGGCUGGCUUUACAAGAAGGGCGGCGGCCUGGCCACGCUGUCCCGCAGGAACUGGAAGAUGCGCUGGUUCGUGCUGCGUGAUUCCAAGCUCAUGUACUUCGAGAACGACAGCGAGGAGAAGCUGAAAGGAACCAUCGACAUCCGUUCUGCCAAAGAGAUAGUGGACAACCACGAGAAGGAGAACGCUCUGAACAUCGUGACGGACGAGCGGACGUACCAGGUGUUCGCAGAGUCUCCGGAGGACGCCAGUGGUUGGUUUACUGUGUUGAGUCGGGUCCAUCACGCCAGUCCGGAGCAGCUGAUGGAGAUGUCCCACGAGCAGGCCAACCCCAAGAACGCUGUGGGCACUCUUGAUGUUGGACUGAUUGACUCUGUAUGUGCAUCUGACAACCCUGACCGGCCCAACUCGUUCGUGAUCAUCACGGCCAACCGGGUGAUCCACUGUAACACGGACCUGCCGGAGGAGAUGCACCACUGGAUCAGCCUCCUGCAGAAGCCCAAAGGAGACUCCAAGAUUGAGGGCCAGAAGUUCCUGCUCAGAGGUUGGGUGCACAAGGAGGUGAAGGCAGGAGCUAAGAGCAGCUCCCCCAAGCUGAAGAAGCGCUGGCUGGUGUUGACGGGCAGCUCCCUGGACUAUUACAAGUCAGCGGAGCGCAGCGCCCCCAAGCUGGGCACACUGGUGCUCAACAGCCUGUGCUCGGUGGUCCAGCCUGACGAGAAGGCCUUCAAGGAGACCGGGUACUGGAACAUCAUAGUGCACGGGCGGAAACACUCUUACCGGCUCUAUGCCAAGCAGCUGAACGACGCCAUGCGGUGGGUAUCGACCAUCCAGGGCGUCAUCGACAACAAGCCGCCGAUCGAGACCCCUACCCAGCAGCUCAUCAGAGACAUCAAGGAGAGCAGCGUCAACUCCGAGGCAGUGGAGCAGAUGUACCGCCGGAACCCAAUCCUCAGAUAUACCCAGCAUCCUCUGCACUCACCCCUGCUGCCCCUGCCCUAUGGAGAGGUCAACAGCAGCUUGCAAAAAGGGAGGGGAUAUGGCAGUCUUCAGGACGAGGCGGUGAGGAUCUUCAACUCGCUGCAGGAAAUGGAGAUUGUCUCUGACCCCAUCGCCAUCGUCCAGGGCAUCCUGCAGACCUGCCAUGACCUGAAGCCCCUCCGGGACGAGGUCUACUGUCAGCUGAUCAAGCAGACCAAUCACGUGCCUCAGCCCAACAGCCCGGCGAACCGAGCGCACUGGCACCUGCUUACCUGCAUGAGCUGCAUGUUCCUGCCCAGUCGCGCAAUACUGCGCUAUCUCCGAUUCCACCUCAAGAGGGUCAGGGAGCGCUACCCUGGCACCGAGAUCGAGCGCUACUCCCACUUUAUCAGCGAGUCCCUGAAGAAGACCAAGACAAGGGAAUUUGUGCCAUCUCAGGAGGAGAUCGCCGCCCUGUUGGCAAGGCAGGAGAUGAACACCACUGUUUACUGUCACGGCGGUGGCUCCUGCAAAAUCUCCAUCAACUCCCACACAACUGCAGGAGAGGUAGUGGAGAAGCUGAUUCGUGGUCUGGCUAUGGACACCAGCCGUAACUUAUUCUCUCUGUUCGAGCACAAUAAGGUCGAGAGCAGGGCCAUCGAGAGCCGUGUGAUCGUAGCAGACAUGCUUGCCAAGUUCGAGAGGCUGGCAGGGAGCGAGGAAGAGGAGGAGGAAGGACCUUGGCGGCUUUAUUUUAAACUCUACUGCUUCCUGGAUGUGGAGAGUGUGCCCAGAGAGGGGGUGGAAUUCGCCUUCAUGUUUGAACAGGCUCAUGAGAGUCUGAUCAGUGGCCAUUUCCCUGCCCCUGAGGAGACCCUCCAGUACCUGGCAGCCCUGCGCUUGCAGUAUAUCCAUGGGGACGUGGCGCGCACGCCCUGGAGCCUGAGCAGCGUCUACCCGGUGGGGCGCCUCCGCACACGCAUCCUGCAGUCCACCAAGGCCGGCGGCGUUGGGGUGCCGGGAGCCGGGGGCGUGGGCCCCGGGGCCCACACCCUUGAACGGAGGAGAACCAACUUUCUGGACGGCACGCUACGCCGAAGCUUCAAGACGGGCUCUCUGAAGAAGCAGAAGGCGGAGGAGGAGCAGAUGCUGGAGAUGUUCGUGAAGGAGGAGAUGUCGGCCACGCUGACCAGCGUUCUGGAGAAAUGGAGCCGGCUGCAGGCCAUGCCACAGCACCAGGCCAUGCUCAAGUACAUGAGCGUCGUUAAGGAGUGGCCCGGAUACGGAUCCACCCUGUUCGACGUGGAGUGUAAAGAAGGAGGCUUCCCCCACGAUCUAUGGCUCGGAGUGAGCGCGGAGAACGUGUCUGUGUACAAGAGAGGAGAACCCAAACCGCUGGAGACCUUCCAGUAUGAGCACAUCGUCUUCUUUGGAGCUCCACAGCCCAGCACCUACAAGAUCACUGUCGACGAGAGGGAGAUGUUCUUCGAAACGCCUCAGGUGGGCGAGAUCACUAAAAUUAUGAAGGCUUACAUCAACAUGAUCGUGAAGAAACGCUGCAGCGUCAUGUCCGUGACGAGCUCCAGCAGUGACUGGAUCAGGUGAUUGACACCAGCCAAUCGGCUCACACCUUCCCUUAAGAAGGCGAAGCAGUGAGAAGAAAUGGAGGGUGUAUUUUUGAUUGAGAAACAUGACGGCCACACUUGUGUGGUAACCAUGGAUAAGAGAGAGAGAGAGAGAUACACACUAUGACUAUGAUCUCAGAUCAAACCCUUUGUCUUAUCUAUCCCAAAUGCAACAUUGCACUGCUGCCUAUUUAGUAUUAAUUAAUUUGUCGUACCACUACAAAAGCACAACGCAAACCUGUCACUCUCACUGGAAACUCUGCUGUCCCUGGAAACCAUUCCUCCCUGCUGGCACCAAGCCUGGCUCUUCUCCCUGCGCCCUCCCUCCGCGGGCCCCUCUCUCUAAACGCUCAGCCGGUGGCAGGUGUUCCCUGCAGGCACUCAGCACCCUCUGCAGAUCUUUGCCUGAGCUACAGACUGGGUGGGGGUUUGUGCUCCUUGUUCCUGCUCCCGCAUACCCGCUUCACUAUGCAGGGACCUCGACCGUGAAUGCUACCCUCCGGAACACAUGCAGAGCCGUUUUGAAUUGCCCCGGCUCCUUGCAGCCAUUUUCCGAGCCCUACACGUAUGUCCUAGGGCUGACCAGAUAUCAGACAAAUAGAGAAACCCAAGAGAGCAAUUGUAAACAGCGACUGGUGUGAUUGUUCUGAUGUCAGUAAGCUUCCUGUCAAACGAAAACAUAUUUUGUAAUGUACUGAAAAUCAGCAUACUCUAGUCCUCAGCCUGAGGGAUGCAGAGGUAAAUGAAUGCAAAACCAAUAUUAAUUCUGCAAGUGAAGUAAUUUAAUUAUUUCCUGUGUGUAUAGAAGUGCAUAGAAUUCUAUAUUCUGUACCAGUGCACAAUAGUGGUCAGUGACUAAGCAAGAGAAUUUCAGUCACUAUACAGGAAACCUGCACAUCCGUUUUGAAAGCCUCUAGAUGCCUCUCAGUCCCCAGCAGGGCAGGCCAAACCAACUUAGUACUGAGAUAAAUCAAAUCAGUAUUACACCAAGCAAGGCCAACCCUAAACUGGAGACACCAACCAGCGUACAGAUAUGCUCCAACAGUUCCGUUAUGAUGACUUUUAGUCGGCCUGUUGAACAUGCACCAGUAAACAUUUUUUUAUAGAUGGACAUGUUAAGAAUGAAGCUAUUUGUUAAAUGCAAGUGAAGCUACUGAACCCACGUUCCUUCUAAACACAACCACUAAACCCAACAUGAGCUAGUGCUGAUGGGACAAAUUCAGCAAAUGUCCCUCAUCUUCAUUCUUUUGGGGAUAGACAGACAGUCUGAUGGAAAAGUUUUCUGACAUAAACAUUUUUUUUCAAACCGAGGGCAAACAGCAUGUAUAAAAUUGGAUGUUUUAAAGCACGUGUUCAAACACUGCUUAUGUCUAAUGUAAGGCCAUCUUUGAAUUAAUCCUCAGAUGCACCAGAGGUAAAAAUUAAAGGAUUAAGAAACAAAACUACAGCUCAUAUCAUGGUAGAAAGACUCAAUUAUAAAACCAUUAUAAUUUUGCCAAGUUACUAUGUAGAUUCUCAGCAAGUGACAUAAUGUGAAUGUUACC